UACAAUGUAGCAAUUUCUCUAUUAAUCCAAAAAACUGUUACAAAGCUGCAAUAUUCGCGAACUGCACGCGAGCCGCGAACUGCACGGCUACCGCAAUCGAAGCGCCACGCUGCCGCACGAACCGGCGAACAUGCUCAUUUUCCACCGAAUUCCCAAGCAUACCCCCCUCAUCCAAGAGUAUUCCAACAUUAACUCAUAUUUUGCUUACAAGGAGAGAUAGCUAGCUACGCAAUUGCAUUUACGCUUCAAAGCAGACAAUACUGCCUUGUCUUUGUCAAAUCGAGGCAUCGUUGUGCAGUAGGAGUGUUAAAAUUGUGUCACUCGCUGGUUUGUUUUGAAUGUCAAAGCCUCAAGCUAGCUGUACGUCUCAAUAUUGUUGAUAGCUUGUUGGCUUAGCUGGUUAGCUAGCUAGGCUAACGAAAGUCAACCCAGAUGCGUUAAAAUGACUGAAAAUAGAGGCAAAACAGUGGUUUAAAAUUAAACGUUUUGUUAAAUUAGAGUCUUAAGUCCGCAGUGUGGCUACAAAAUACUCCGUGUUGUGAGUAAUAAGCGAAAUAUACAUGCAAAGCUUUUUGAAAACACUAGCUAGCAUGUAGCAAGCCGCUUGCAGUGACUCCAUUCAUAUCCUGCGUACUAGCUGCGCUCUAACCGAGCAAUGGCUACGAUCUGCUGCUGCUUCAGAGCGGCAACUGGGUGUACGGUCGCUUUAUUGGUCUCGGUAAACUUGUGGAAGCUGAUUUGAGAUGUUAUUUUCGUGUUGUUGGAAACGAAAGGCACAGCUGGUGUUUUGAGUUGUGGUAAAUUCAGCGGGAGGCGAGAGCCCGUUCUCGAAAUCUUUGCAGGCGGAGCGAAAACCGCGCGUUUUCAGUUUGUUGUCUAUUGCCAUCCGCUAUUUUCUCGGAUUUUAACAAAUAUGAGUUCUGCUUGGUCUCUCUAUGGGUUCGUUACCACAUGGGGAUUUCUGUUGUUGAUAAGUGUAGGUGUUAAAAGACGUUUAAUUUUUUGAAAAUCAGUUUCUGUAUUUAACUGUAAACUUUAUUAUUAUUUUAUAAUUUCAGGACCUCAUAUGUUAUUUAUCACGUCAUGCCUGCUUUAUCCUAACAAGACACCGAAAUAUCUGACAGUGAUAGGUGAUGUAAUGAUUUGAGUCAUUACUCAUAAUUUGAAUGUUAAAAACACACAGGGGAAAAUUGAGGACUUUGAAAUUAAAAACUAUCGACUGACCUUUUCUGUAUAUCAUAUGUGAUGGACUUCAUAAAUGUUUAUUAAUAUGGUUAUUAACUAACUAUAUAGCCCAUACUACCUAAGAUACCAAAUGACCAUGAUGGUUAGUCCAGCUUACUGGAUAGCUUUGGAAGCAAGAAAAAUGUUUAGAUUUUUAAUGUUUGUGAUUUUUCAAUAAAAUGCAUUUCUAGACCUGGUAAAGUGAUGCCAUUUUUACAUUACAGCUUAAUCCCUACACUAAACUGUAUUUGAAUUGAAAGUAUUUCUGUAUCUUGACAAAUUUUGAGUCAUAAAGAGUAAAAUAAUACAUUAGUUCAGUUUAAAAACACUCAGAAUAAGAAGGUUUUGUGCUUUUAAAGAGAUACUGUAAGCUAGUAUAGGCUGUUCUUCAUCAGUGUUGCACAUCAAUAGGUAAUUAAAUGUUAAAUGUUUAGUUGUACUUGAAUAAAUUAACAGGAACGUAUCUUAUUGUGAAACUGUUUUACUGGUGUGGCUCACUAGAGAUCAAAUUCAGUUGUAUGUGGCCCAUUAACUGAAUAUAGCUUGAACCCCUUCCUUGUCUAAACUAACAAUCUGAGAACAUAAUAUUAAGAUCUGUGGUUUCUUUUUGUAGUUCUUCUAAGGAGUGAGCAGCUAACUCAAAUCUAUGUUCAGUUACAAUUAUGACUUCCAACAAUUAUGAAAACAAGAUAAAUGAGUUGUCAUGGAUGAUGAAGACGGCAGGUGCCUUCUAGAUGUAAUUUGUGACCCAGAAGCUCUCAAUGACUUUCUUCAUGGAUCUGAGACCCAUUUGGACACUGACGACCUUUUGGAUGGUUCAAGUGACCCCUCCAGCUCGUUCUUCUCUGCCACUGGGGGCCACGUUCCAGAGGUCCAGCCUACAGCCCAGCUGUCGGCCAAUGAGUCAACAGGCCUUCCUAGAGUCAGUGUUGACUUGGACUUCUUGGAGGAUGAUGACAUCUUGGGAGGGUCCCCAGGUGGAGAAGGUGGGAGCAAUGGCAUUGGGACAAAUCAUGAGCCAUGUGACAUCUUGCAACAAAGUUUGGCUGAAGCCAACAUCACAGAGCAAAGCUUACAGGAGGCAGAAGCUGAGCUGGACCUGGGCUCCUUUGGAAUUCCAGGCCUUACACAGGUGGUUCAGACACUGCCUGAUGCCAGCCUUGCUGGGGCUGGAAACAAUGCUGUUGGUGUAGGCAUUGGUGGUGGGGGAGCAGCAACGAUUUUUCCUGGGUCAGCCACGAGCACCACUGCUACUCCCCCCAACGCCACAACUGACAUGCUAGGGUCAGUCCUUGCUCAACAGGGCCUUCAACUCCAACCCCAGGUCAUGAACAAGGCAAUUAGUGUUCAGCCAUUUAUGCAGCAAGUGGGCCUAGGAAAUGUGACGCUUCAACCCAUUUCAAGUCUUCAAGCUCUUUCUAAUGGGAGUCAAUCUGGACAUUUGGGUAUUGGACAGAUUCAGGUUGUGGGUCAGCCUACCGUCAUGACUAUCAAUCAGUCUGGCCAGCCAAUCCUGGCUAAAGCCAUGAGUGGUUACCAGUUGCACCAGUCUGGGCCAGAGGUAUCAGGUGCUGGUCCUCAGCCAGGGCUUGGAGGCUCAGGAGGUGGACUUCUGAUCCAAAGUAAUAAAGCCACUCUUGGAUCUCCAGCUUUAAAUGGACCGGCUGUUUGUGUCAGCAGCACAAACAGCAGCAGCGGUGGUACAAUGACUGCUCCUGCUGGGCUUGUGGGUUUUGGCAACACCCUUCUAAGUUCAGGAAUAGGAUCCCAGACACAACCUCAAGGCCAAAUCAUGCAGAACGUGAUCAUCCAGCGCACACCACCACCUAUUCAGCCUAAACCCCCUCAGGGGGGAGCCAUCCAACCGAAACUCUUCAAACAACAACAGCAGCAGCCACAGCCAGCACCCCAAGUCUUGCAAAAUGAUGCCCACAAGGCCCUAGGGCUGCAGCAACUUCCAGUUUCUGCUGCUCAGAAUGUAGCCUUCCUGACAGGAAAGCCAGGCUCCAAUGUUGUCCUGAGUACUCAAGCCACAACUCCAGGCACUCAGUUUCAGCAAACCCUCUUCAAGCCACAAGCAGCACAACCAUCUGGCAAGCCCCUGAGUGUACACUUGUUAAACCAACCUAGCAGCAUUGUUAUUCCUUCUCAGACAGUUCUGCAAGGUCAGAACCACCAGUUUCUGUUGCCACAGCUACAAGCAGGUGGGCAGAUCCUGACCCAGCACCCCGGGGGCCACAUCAUCACAAGCCAGGGUCCUGGCGGACAAAUCAUUGCAAACCAGAUUUUAACUGCAAACCAGAAUAUCAACUUGGGUCAGGUGUUGACGUCGCAGAGCCAUCCUGGGGCAGCCCACAUCCUCUCUGCACCCAUUCAGCUCCAGCCUGGCCAGAUGGGCACGCCUACCCUCUUUCAAAUGCCUGUCACAUUGGCUCAGAGCCAAAAUCAGACACAGACCCAGACUGUCUCAGGUCAUGCCCAGACAGUCAUACAGGGCAUGCCAAUUCAGAACCCCCUGACUAUGCUGAGCCAGGUGGAAGGACUGAGCCCCGCUGUCAGCCUUCAGCCAGCCCUGCAGCCCCAGCCAGGUGGAGUCCCUAGCAGCACAGUAGCAGCAACUAUGGCUCAAGGACAGCCUGGAGAGUGUGUAACUGUGCUGGGAAGCUCCACAGACCAGGCUACUCAUCCCACUCAGCAGCUUGUACCACAGCCAUCUAUCCUUGCCAUGCAGCCGGCUUCUACUGUGUCCACGGUUACCACCGCAUCUUCCUCCUCUCCGUCCAUGUCAGUUUCCACCUCUUCCUCUGUCACAGCAGUGGGGCUGGUCCCCCCUCAGGCUCAGCAAAGUCCAGGGAGAUUACUGUUCACCAACCAGGGCCCCAGCAUGAUCCUGAGCCAAGAGUCUCUGCAAAUGUUUCUUCAACAGGAGCAGCACCACCAAACAGAGAAUGAGUCAACCCCCUCUAUGGGCGUACCUGCAUCUGUAAUCGUCAGCAGCAACAGCAUCACUACUCCGGCCCCUGCUGUCCAUGACAGCCAAUUAACUGACUCUUGGGUGGGCCAGAGCCACAGCCCUUCCCCUGGCCCUUCCCACAUGGUAAAGCAGGUACCCUCCAGUGGACAUCAGCAGCCUCUGAAGAUUCAUAGAAUGUCUCCUUGUCCACCUGCCACAGCACCACCAGUGGCAGAAAGUCCCCAGCCUUCCCAGUCUCCUCUUACUCUGAGCCAGCAGAUUCAGUCACCACACCACCAACAGCAGUCACGCCCUCCCUCUCAGCCUCAGCCUUCAUCGCAAACUCCUUCUCGCUCAUGCACACCCUCAUCUCAUCCUCCACUCUUUAUUGUCCAUAACCAAAUUGCAGAGUCCCCCAAACCAGCUCCACAAGGCCAGCCACAGCAAACGCCACCCCAACAGACACACAUUCAAGUUCAACUUCAGCCUCAGUUGGCCUCUCAGUCUGCCUCUUACCAACAAGACAUGCCUCCUAUGUCACAGUCACCGAAGCCUCCACCUGCACAACAUCAGUUUACUGCAGCUCCUGUCAGCGCAUGUGCCACCACUGUGGUUAAAACCCAUGUUCCCAUCCAGGGCCUGACAUCAGAUCAGCAACAUAAUCUGCAGUUAGUAGGAGCACAAAUUCAGACUCUUUCAGCCAUCUCUCAACCCUCACCUAAGCAGAAACAGCUGCUGGAAAGGCUUCACCAGGUCCAGCAGAACAUCAUGCUACAAGCUAAGCAGCCUACUCAGCCUCAAAUCACCACUCAGUUUAGUUCCCAGCAAGAUGUGCCUCUUGAUAAAGUGGUGAUUGCAUCAUCAUCAGCCAGCACUGGUACACCUGCUCAGCUACCCUCAAUGCUGCAGCCGACAUCAGUGCUUGUCAAAACUCCUACAGCAUCAAGUGACUUACAGGUAUUCUCAGGAGCCCAAGGGCAAGCUGGAGCAAUGGUGAAUCAGACUGUCACUCCUGCCAGCCUUACCCAGCCUGCACAGGUUCAGCCAAAGCCAGGAGUGAUAAGCUCUGUUGGAGGGGUGACUCUGGGGAAAGGUGGCAUGCAGAUACAGGUGUUAGGAGCUAGUCUGACUCAAAUGCCUGCUCCACAGCCCCCAGCUUCAAUACAAGCUCAGACAACAACAAUAAUGAAAAUGCCUUUCAGCGCAGAGCCCAGUAAAGAAGCCAGGAUGCUAGAACAGCUAAGGAAACAUCAGGGUUCAGUGCUUCACCCAAACUACAGUGCCCCUUUCUGCUCAUUUGAGGACACACUGCACAGACUCCUGCCUUACCAUCUCUACCAGGGAACUGCCAACUCUUCUCAAGAUUAUCAAAAAGUGGAUGAUGAAUUUGAGAAGGUCUCCAGCCAGCUGCUGAAAAGAACUCAGGCCAUGCUGGAUAAAUAUCGUUACCUGCUCUUUGCAGAGUCAAAACAGAGACUGGGCCCCUCGGCAGAGAUGGUGAUGAUCGACCGGAUGUUCAUUCAAGAGGAGAAGGUUGCAUUAAACCAGGACAGGAUUUUGGCAAAGGAGAGGCCAGAAGAGUUUGUGGCAAAUGUGCGAAUGUUGGAGAGUGUUUCAUCCCAGCAGAAAUUAUCAUCUGCUGAACCAACUCCAGUGAGCGGAGGGGUAUCUGCUGCUGUCCCUGCUCCAGCACCUGCUGUUGCUGCUGCUGCUGCUCCUGCUCCUGCUCCUGCUGCCACCCCAUCCGCUGUUCCAAUCAUUGCCCCAAACCCUCCGCCUGCACCCACACCAGUUUCUGCUCCUGCUCCUGCUCCUUCUCCUGUCUCAGUUCCUUCUGCGGCCCCUUCUCAUUCCCCUUUCCCUCCUACCAAGCUUGUGAUAAAGCAGGGUGGAGGCAGUGCAUCUGUGUCCUGGUCCAGUAGCUGUCCUCCUCCUCCAGCUCCACCAGUCAAGCCAGUGGCUGAACCCACUAGCCAGAUCUCUACAGUUCGUACUCCAGCAUCGUCAUCCUCAUUUUCAACCUCGUCAUCAAACUCUCAAGCGGCUGAUGACGAUGAUGCUCUCCCACAGCGAACGAGCAAACCGCCUAUCAAGACCUAUGAGGCUCGCAGGAGAAUUGGUUUGAAGCUAAAGAUCAAGCAGGAUCAAACGGGGUUCAGUAAGGUGGUCCACAACACUGCCUUAGACCCAGUGCACACACCUCAACCUCAGCUGAGCAGCCAGUCUAUGUCCCAGACUCAGCCGCAGUCUGAAGCUGCUGUAUCACAAGCGAAGGCUCACCCUUUAUCAACCCCUUCGGCCACAGUUAUCAGAACUCAGUCCCCUGUAUGCACUACUUCGUCUGGCUUGUCAGUCACAAUAUCAACCUCACAGUGUAACCCAUCACUGAGAGGAAGUGUUCCCCCCAUUUCAGCUUCAUCUUCCUCCACCCCUUCAACCCAUACUUGGUCUUCGUCCACCUCCUCAGCUUCCAUUCAAAUGAAUGGGACUAUGGAUCACCACGACACAGGUGGGGUCAAACACAACCCUGCCUCUACUGCCACUUCCUCACAGACAACUUGCCGUCUUCCCCUUCGAAAAACUUACCGGGAAAACAUUAGUCCUCGGGUCAGACCUGGUGUCCCAGGUGGAGGAGAUGAAAAUUUGUCCUACCCCAGAACCACACCAUCACCCCCCAGACAUGAGGCCUCAACUCCCCCCUCAGAGCGGACAGUGAUAGCAAGUGUGAAAGUAGAGAAGAGAGACAGGGAGGCCUUACUCACUCACACAGAUUCAAGCCACGAAACUGGCCGUUUGGGGAGUGCAGUGCAGGGGCUGGACGAAAUGGAUGUGUUUAGUCGUGGUAUCAAAACCACGCAACACCAUCAUCUCCCACAGCUCCUAGACAGAGAAGGGGCAAAGGAGAGAGGGGAAGAGCACACAGACCAAGAGACAGAUGUAAGUAAAUACAAGCGGUUGAGUGGAAAAAAUCGACAUAAGGCAGGAGGAACAUUCAGAAUGGACCAGCAUGCCCCUGGGCCUCCGUCGCCAGAGUCUUCCUUCACACGAGACUCUUUGCUUCCUGCCAAACGCUGCAAGUCAGACUCUCCUGACAUGGAUAACGCCAGCUUCUCCAGCGGCAGCCCUCCAGAUGACUCACUGAAUGAGCACCUGCAGUGCGCCAUUGACAGCAUCCUAAAUCUGCAGCAGGAACCCUCCACCCGCGGACACCAUAUUAAAGGGGGCAACAGCAGACCCCACCAACACCAAAGUCAGCGCCCAGGGGGCUCAGCGCCCUCAUCACACAGACCUUCAGUCCCAUCCUCUUCCUCUGCUUCUUCGUCCUCUUCCUUGGCCCAGCACCCUCAGGUUGGUGGCCGCGGCCACAAUGGCAGCCUGGUGCCCCAGACUCAAAGUAGAUAACAGCCCCUCAGCCUCAGGCCGGACUCACAAGGGGGAACUAUGAAACAGUUUAACGAGGCAGGGGAAAGGGGCACUGUGAAAACAGUAUCACUGUAGUACUCUGCCAGGCUGUGUUGGCUUUGUUUGUUUAUUUGAAUUGUCCAAACAUUUCUUUGUCAUUUACAGUCUGAAGUAGCCCCAUGAUGGAAGUACAAGUAUAGCCAAAAAUGGUGAAUUGCAGACUUGAACAUGCUCGACAUAUGUGCUCCCUCAGCCAAACUUGAGUAACAAGAUGAAAUUGUCAGUGACUAUUGUUCUCUAAUUCUUCCUUUUUCACUUUUGGUCGUUUUUUUCCUCAUUCACUUGUUCAUACAUUCCUUUCAUGUGGUCUGAGCACCAGUCUCUGUCCACAGUGGUUCAUCUUCUGGUUUAAUCAGUGUCCUAAUGAGCAUCGGGCAGCUUAUUCAAACAGUUUAGAAGUUAACAGCCUUUCACUAAGAGAGCUGCAGAAGAAAGGCCAAAGAGGUUACAGCAGUGUAGUACUGUAAACAGUCAUAAUACAUCCAGUGUGCUCACGUACCUACCAUAUUUGAUUCUCUUAUCUCCUAAGAUAGUGCUGCUCCAGAGAUGCAAACCACAUUUGCUAAAAUGAUGCAGUCCAACUCUUUAUCGAAAAUAAAUUUCUUUAUGUAGUAUAUUAACCCUAAAGAUCGGUUGCUUUGGUCUUAAGGCAAACUCCUCUUGAAUUGGAAAAACUGAGUACCAUCAACCUCUGCAUGUCUCCAUUUUAAACAGAUACCAUGUCUUUUUUCUUUCUUUUUCUUUUUUUUUAAAGUAAAAUGUUUAGGAAAAAUUUGAACGUUUAUAAAAUUGGUUUCUCCUUGACUGCUCUCAGAUGCUGUUGUACUGUCAGGAUGUAAAUGAACUUGUAAGGAAAUGCAUUAUUUUCUGCUUCUAUUGUUAGAUGAUUUUCCAGUUUCUUGUUUUUAGACUGCACCUCCACUUACACAGUGACCCCCUGUUGCCUGUGAUGCAAGGUUAGGACUUUAUGCAUUUCAGUCAGCAGGGGUCAGGCAAGGUUUCUGUGUUUUCUGUCUUUUGGCUCUUCCUGUCACUGUAUGCCUGCCUCACUUGCGUUUUUGUUUUUUUUGUUUGUUUGUUUGUUUUAUUUUUCCCCCUUUUUUUGUAUAAGCCUGGUGGACAAUUCAAACACAAACACAGCACAAGCAUUGAAAUUGAAAAAAAGGAACAAUAAUAAUGUACAAAAAGACCGUAAGAGAAUUUGAAGUAUAGUAUUACAGAUUAAUUUUGUAUUGUAUUUAUUGUGUAUAAUGACACUUUUUAAAAAGAAAAUGUACAUUUAGUAAAACUGUAAAUUAAACCUUGCUUCUUUUAUGAAA